UUUUGGCAAUGUGAGGAGGAAAAUUUUUUCUGCCUCAUUAUUAUUAAUUCAUGGAUUGAGUGUUGGUUCGACCUACAGGCGUAAUAGAUUGGAACUCAAUGAAGACACAGACGUUCCUGUUGAGAGCAACCAGCUAAUGAUUACAGUUGAAAGACAAUUUCUGUGAUUGAGUUGUCAUUUGGAAGAUUAAACCCAUUUCACGAGGACUUGGAGCCUGGUCUUUGCUUUGAGGAAGCAGUGGCUUGUUACCAAAAGCCACUUCUGAUCUUAGACUCUACCCGGCAUGCCUAAUCAAGGAGAAGACUGCUAUUUUUUUUUCUAUUCUACAUGUACCAAAGGUGACAGCUGCCCAUUCCGUCACUGUGAAGCUGCAUUAGGAAAUGAAACUGUUUGCACAUUAUGGCAAGAAGGGCGCUGUUUUCGACAGGUGUGCAGGUUUCGCCACAUGGAGAUUGAUAAAAAACGCAGUGAAAUUCCUUGUUAUUGGGAAAAUCAGCCAACGGGAUGUCAAAAAUUAAACUGCGCUUUUCAUCACAAUAGAGGACGAUAUGUUGAUGGCCUUUUCCUACCUCCCAGCAAAACUGUGUUGCCCACUGUGCCUGAGUCACCAGAAGAGGAAGUGAAGGCUAACCAACUUUCAGUUCAGCAGAACAAAUUGUCUGUCCAGUCCAAUCCUUCCCCCCAGCUGCGGAGUGUUAUGAAAGUAGAAAGUUCGGAAAAUGUUCCUAGCCCCACGCAUCCACCUGUUGUAAUUAAUGCUGCAGAUGAUGAUGAAGAUGAUGAUGAUCAGUUUUCUGAGGAAGGUGAUGAAACCAAAACACCUACCCUGCAACCGACUCCUGAAGUUCACAAUGGAUUACGAGUAACUUCUGCCCGGAAACCUGCAGUCAAUUUAAAGCAAGGUGAAUGUUUGAAUUUUGGAAUAAAAACUCUUGAGGAAAUUAAGUCAAAGAAAAUGAAGGAAAAAUCUAAGAAGCAAGGUGAGGGUUCUUCAGGAGUUUCCAGUCUUUUACUCCACCCUGAGCCCAUUCCAGGUCCUGAAAAGGAAAAUGUUAGGACUGUGGUGAGGACAGUAACUCUCUCCAGCAAACAAGGAGAAGAACCCUUGGUUAGAUUGAGUCUUACUGAGAGACUGGGGAAACGAAAAUUUUCAGCAGGUAAGAAAAGUGAUCCACCCGCUUCGGCCUCUCAAAAUGCUGAGGUUAUAGGUCAGGAGUUGGAGACCAGCCUGGCCAACAUGGAUGCUAGCCCGGAGAUGACUCAAGUUUCCAAGUCUCUGAAGGAGCGAUUAGGCAUGUCAGCUGGUCCAAAUAAUGAGGAAGCAACAGAGAAAGUUAAUAAAGUUGGUGAGAUCCAUGUGAAGACAUUAGAAGAAAUUCUUCUUGAAAGAGCCAGUCAGAAACGUGGAGAAUUGCAAACUAAACUCAAGACAGAAGGACCUUCAAAAACUGAUGAUUCUACUUCAGGUACAAGAAGCUCCUCCACUGUCCGUAUCAAAACCUUCUCUGAGGUCCUGGCUGAAAAAAAACAUCGGCAGCAGGAAGCAGAGAGACAAAAAAGCAAAAAGGAUGCAACUUGCAUCAAGCUAAAGACUGAUAAUGAAAUUAAAAAAACAGUAGUUUUCCCACCCAUUGUUGCCAGCAAAGGACAAUCAGAGGAGCCUGCAGGUAAAACAAAGUCUAUGCAGGAGGUGCACAUCAAGACGCUGGAGGAAAUUAAACUGGAGAAGGCACUGAGGGUGCAGCAGAGCUCUGAGGGCAGCACCAGCUCCCCGUCUCAACAUGAGGCCACUCCAGGGGCAAGGCGGCUGCUGCGAAUCACCAAAAAAACAGGAAUAAAAGAAGAGAAGAAAUUUCAGGAAGGAAAUGAAGUUGAUUCUCAGAGCAGUAUUAGAACAGAAGUUAAAGAGCCUUCAGGUGAGACCACAGGAGUUGACAUUACUAAAAUUCAAGUCAAGAGAUGUGAGACCAUGAGAGAGAAACACAUACAGAAACAGCAGGAGAGGGAAAAAUCCGUCUUGACCCCUCUUUGGGGAGAUGUAGCCUCUUGCAAUACGCAAGUGGCAGAGAAACCAGUGCUCACUGCUAUGCCAGGAGUCACACGGCACCUGACCAAGCGGCUUCCCACAAAGUCAUCCCAGAAGGUAGAGGUAGAAACCUCAGGGAUUGGAGACUCAGUAUUGAAUGUGAAAUGUGCAGCACAGACCUUGGAAAAAAGGGGUAAAGCUAAACCCAAAGUGAAUGUGAAGCCAUCUGUGGUUAAAGUUGUGUCAUCCCCCAAAUUGGCCCCAAAACGUAAAGCAGUGGAGAUGCACCCUGCUGUCAUUGCCGCUGUGAAGCCACUGAGCUCUAGCAGUGUCCUACAGGAAAUCCCAGCCAAAAAAGCAGCUGUGGCUGUUGUCCCGCUCGUCUCUGAGGACAAAUCAGCCACUGUGCCUGAAGCAGAAAAUCCUAGAGACAGUUUUGCGCGGCCUCCAACCCAGUCCUCUUCAGAUCCCUCGCCCCCGGAGGUGUCUGGCCCUUCCUCAUCCCAAAUGAGCAUGAAAACUCGCCGACUCAGCUCUGCCUCAACAGGAAAGCCCCCACUCUCUGUGGAGGAUGAUUUUGAGAAACUAAUAUGGGAGAUUUCAGGAGGCAAAUUGGAAGCCGAGAUUGACCUGGAUCCUGGGAAGGAUGAAGAUGACCUUCUGCUUGAGCUUUCAGAAAUGAUUGAUAGCUGAAGGUGGCAGUGAGGACACUUAAAAAAAAAAAAAC